CUCUGAAUCCCUAGAAGCGAGAAACUAGAAAAGGAAGCGAGGAAGAGAAGUUUCGAAACGCAAGUUUAGUGGUCGGCAGACUCGGCACGAGUCCUCCUUUCGAUCUUAUAGUUUUCCUUCUUCUUCUGCUUACAAUCCUCCAUACUCGACUUUCAGAAUCAGAGGUCGCCAUAAGCUCUCUGCUCUGCCUCUGUACUGUACAGGUUCGCUUGAGUUUUCGAAGAAAAUGUUUUGGGGAGUCAUUCGCCGCAAAGUUGGACAGUCAGCGUCAAAGGUUAGGUCUCCAAUCGGCAGGCCAGGGCAUUACAACACUUCACAAAAGGAGGCUUUGAUCUAUGGAAUUGGCUCUCGACAUGUGCAGAGCUUUCAUUAUGGCAAAUUCUUAGGAAGUAAUGUUUAUUCAAAGUCAGGAAGAGACUUCAACAUGGUGCUUCGACCAGCAUAUAUACGACUGAGCCAUAGAUCAUUUUCUUCAGAAAAUGCCGAAGGAGACCUGGUUGAGGCUGUUGUCCCUUUCAUGGGUGAAUCUAUUACUGAUGGAACCAUUGCAAAAUUCUUGAAGAAUGCCGGUGACACAGUUGCGGUUGAUGAGGCAAUUGCGCAGAUUGAAACUGACAAGGUGACAAUAGAUGUGGUUAGUCCUGAAGCUGGCACUAUUCAAAAGUUUGUAGCCAAAGAAGGUGAUACUGUGGAACCUGGUACGAAGGUUGCCGUCAUUUCAAAAUCAGGUGAAGGUGCACCACAAGCUGCACCAUCGGAAAAAUCUGCUCCUCCACCUCCUGCAGCAAAGGAGAGUGCAGAAAAGAAAAUCACUAAAGCAGAGUCCUCCCCUGUCAAGGAGAAUGAUAGAAAACCCUCGGCACCACAGCCUGCAGUUCAACCCCCUUCACCUCCUAGAUCCACAUCUUCAGAACCUCAGCUUCCUCCCAAGGAUAGGGAGAGGCGGGUUCCAAUGACAAGACUGAGGAAACGAGUGGCAACCCGCUUGAAAGAUUCUCAAAAUACAUUUGCACUGCUGACUACAUUCAAUGAGGUCGACAUGACCAACCUGAUGAAGCUUCGUUCGGACUACAAAGACGCCUUUGUGGAAAAACAUGGAGUUAAAUUGGGACUUAUGUCAGGGUUUGUUAAAGCUGCUGUAAGUGCUCUCCAAAGUCAGCCCGUUGUCAAUGCCGUCAUUGAUGGAGAUGAUAUCAUUUAUCGAGAUUACAUUGAUAUCAGCAUUGCUGUUGGGACUGCCAAGGGACUUGUUGUUCCGGUUGUCCGCAACACCGAAAGAAUGAACUUUGCAGAGAUAGAGAAGGAGAUCAGUACCCUGGGAAAGAAAGCAAAUGAAGGUACUAUAUCCAUCGAUGAUAUGGCUGGAGGUACAUUCACUAUAUCCAAUGGUGGUGUGUAUGGAAGUCUUCUAAGUACGCCGAUUAUCAACCCCCCACAGUCGGCUAUCCUGGGAAUGCACUCUAUAGUGACACGCCCAAUGGUUGUGGGAGGCAAUAUAGUUCCCAGGCCAAUGAUGUACAUUGCACUAACCUAUGAUCAUCGGCUUAUUGAUGGAAGAGAGGCCGUCUUUUUCUUGCGGCGUAUCAAAGAUGUUGUGGAGGACCCAAGAAGGCUUCUCCUAGAUGUCUGAAGAAAACUCUCGUCUGAUAUAAUAAAUUGCAUGUGCACGAAAUUCAGGGUACUUUUGUUGAAUAAACUUUCUAGAUGUCUAAAUUGACCGGCAAUCUAAGUAUUGUUUAAAGUUUUGGGUUGAGCUGUGGAAUUUAAUUUGUUGUUGUGGCCGAAUCUUGGUAUGUUUACCAAUUUUGGAAUAAAGGUAGAGCAGUACAUAAACAAAAA